AUGCUGGAGUUCGUGCUCGGCGGGGUCGCCGCAUGUGGCGCCUGCGUGUUUACAAAUCCACUGGAGGUUGUGAAGAUCCGGCUUCAGCUCCAGGGUGAACUGAGGGCAAAAGGCCUCUAUCAGGUGCAUUAUAAGAAUGUAUUCCAAGGACUGCUGGCAGUCGCGAGAGCGGACGGAAUGAAAGCUUUACAGAAGGGAUUGAUACCGGCUAUGUGGUAUCAGUUGGUGAUGAACGGGUUUCGUCUGGGGUCCUACCAAAGCAUGGUGAAUGCUGGUCUUGUUCACGGUGAAGCUGGUCAAAUUAGUCUGCCGCACAGUGUGGCGGCGGGGGCUGCUGCAGGAGCCGUUGGUGCUGUUUUCGCCUCUCCUUUCUUCCUGGUAAAGACACAUCUGCAGUCGAAGGCAGACACCUCCGUUGCUGUGGGUCAUCAGCACGACGCGGACAAGAUGUUGCAAGCAGCAAGAAAGAUAUAUUCAGGCCAAGGAGUCGUCGGCUUGUGGCGCGGUGUUGGUGGCGCCGUUCCGCGUGUUAUGGUCGGCUCUGCAGCGCAAUUGUCUACGUUUUCCAAAGCCAUGGAAGCUGUGCGUGGAAUUGAAGGUUUACCGAAAAAGAGCUGGGUUUUGGCACUGAUGGCAAGCUUCAUGUCUGGUCUGGUUGUUGUGGUCUGCUUCACGCCGUUUGACGUCAUCUCGACCAGACUGUAUAACCAAGGUGUCGAUGCUCGAGGGAAAGGACUGAUGUACGAGGGAAUUUUGGACUGCGCGAGGAAAAUCAUGCAUUCGGAAGGAUUUUUCGGGCUUUACAAAGGCUGGACGGCGAAUUAUCUCAGAGUCGGACCACACACAGUUCUAUCUUUGGUCUUCUGGAACGAACUGAGCAUCGUUUUUGACCGCGUUGUCUUUGUUCUUGUGGUUCACGUUUCUGAAUAUCCGGGAAGAGGAGUGCAAUCUGCCGUUCGUUAUUGA